CUUCCUAGUUUCACACAAGCAGCUUUCAGAUAACCGGCUGUUGCCAUAUCUCUCCAGGAUUCCUAUUUCCCUCGUGGAGAACGGCCUUGAUAAGUCCCAAACAAUACCAUUCCAACUCUGCUGGCUUAUAGUGGUGCUUGCAGCAGAGUAGUGUUGGAAAAAUAUUAUCUGUCCCCUUUGCACAAUGUGACUCAUAGCUGAGAGCUGAGGGGGUUGGAGAAUGUUGUUGCUUCUCAGUCAAUUAGAAAAAAAGGUGGUUUUGUUUUGUUUUAAUUUUCAGGUCUUAUCUCAACUGUCAAAAUGGAGCUUGACAUCCAGUGUGAGGAGAUGAGCCCAUCCAGAUGGGCUGAACUUCUGACUACAAUGAAAUCCUGCAAAACCAUCAGGUUGGAUGACUGCAAUCUCUCCAGCAGUAACUGUGAGGAUCUCUCUUCCAUCAUCAAUACAAAUCCAUCCCUCACAGAGCUGAAGCUGAACAACAAUGAACUGGGAGAUGCAGGUGUUGAAUACCUGUGUAAAGGGUUGCUGAUGCCAAGCUGUAGCCUACAGAAGUUAUGGCUGCAAAACUGCAAUCUGACAAGUGCCAGCUGUGAGACCCUGCGGUCUGUCCUCAGUGCACAGCCAUCCCUGACAGAGCUGCACGUGGGUGACAACAGACUGGGAACUGCUGGAGUGAAGGUGCUGUGUCAAGGGAUGAUGAACCCCAGCUGUAAGCUGCAGAAGCUGCAGCUGGAAUAUUGUGAACUCACAGCUGAUAUUGUGGAAGCUCUCAAUGCCGCUCUGCAAAGCAAGCCCACCCUGAAGGAACUCAGCCUGAGCAACAACACUCUGGGAGAUACAGCUGUAAAGCAGCUGUGCCGGGGACUGGUGGAGGCAAGCUGCAACCUAGAGUUACUACACCUGGAGAACUGUGGCAUAACCAGCGACAGCUGUCGGGAUAUUAGCACUGUUCUCAGUAACAAGUCAUCACUGAUGGAUCUCUCUGUGGGGGAUAACAAGAUCGGGGACUCCGGGCUGGCUCUGCUUUGCCAAGGACUGAUGCAUCCUAACUGCAAAAUCCAGAAGCUGUGGUUAUGGGACUGUGAUCUCACAAGUGCUAGCUGUAAAGAUCUCUCCAGACUCAUCAGUACAAAAGAGACCCUCACAGAGAUCAGUCUAAUAGACAAUAACCUGAGAGACUCAGGGAUGGAAAUGCUGUGUCAGGCGCUCAAGGAUCCCAAAUCUAAACUUCAGGAGCUAUGGGUUAGGGAGUGCGGGCUCACGACUGCUUGCUGCAAGGUUGUCAGCUCUGCUCUCAGCACCAACAAGCACUUGAAAGUACUGCACAUGGGUGAGAACAAGUUGGGAGAUGCAGGUGUUGAACUCCUCUGUGAAGGGCUGCUGCACCCCAACUGCAACAUCCAGUCCUUAUGGCUGGGUAACUGCGAUCUGACGGCAGCCUGCUGUGCCACCCUCGCCACCGUCAUGACCACCAAGCAGUGCCUUACCGAGCUGGACCUGAGCUACAACCCUCUGGAAGACGAAGGCGUCAGGAAGAUCUGUGAAGCCUUGAGGAAUCCCAGCUGCAAUGUGCAGCAGUUAAUUUUGUAUGACAUUUUGUGGAGUGCUGAAGUGGAUGAUGAACUGAGAGCCUUGGAAGACUCCAAGCCUGAAGUGAAGAUCAUUUCAUGAGUGGUGACUGCCUGCAAAACAACGUCAAAGCAACAUCCUCUUCUUAAUCUGAACUUUCCAUACGUGAAGCUAAUUAACUUAAUAGAGAAUUUUCUUGUACCGAAACCAUUUUUGGAUUCCCUGAUUGGGUGUCUGGAGAGCUGAUUGAUCUCCUGUGCAUCUCUGGAUGUACUAACUCUGAGGCUCAUGAAAGCUGCAGCAUCACUAUCCUUGAAAUAAACAAUUACUGUCUUAUAGAAGUGGGUCUCUAGCCUUUAGGAGCUCUUUAAUCCUAUAAUCCCUUCUAAUGAAUUAGUUGGGCUUUAAAGAGAGCUCCUUUCCCAAGGCAAGAGAACUAUGCACUGUAUUGUUACUGCGUGUUGCUUUUGAUAGGUCUCUGGGGGAGGCUCUCAAAAAACCGAAAUGUUUUUUAAUCUAAAAUGGAGUUCUCCCCUGUCUUUCCCUGAAAGAGUUAUUGGAAAAGCAGUGGUGGCCAAGGCACUAGAGAAAAAAAGAAAUGAGCAGCUGUUCAGCUGUGUAAUGUCAAAACUGGUGUCCUUUGAAAAGUGAUUUUCCUACAAAAGAUGCUGUGUGCAUUCCUGCUAGUAUGGGAAAUUAUUAAAUGAUUGAUGUGUUUGCUCUGGCAAAGAGUGGUUCUACAGGAACUUUAUACUUAAUUUUUCUACUUAUAAAAAUAAAAUAUAUCUGUAUAUUUCUCCUUUAAGACCAAUCUAAUCGCUUCUGAAUUACAAGCUUGUUUUACUUGUUUGGUUUUGGUAACUCUUUAACUGAAAUAUAUCAGAGAUCUUAGUCAAGGUAGACAACAAGCCUAGAAGACAUUCCAGUCUUCAGGGAAUGCUGACUGGCUUUUCAUGCCCAGUCAGAGUUUUAAUAAACCCCGUUCCAAGGGUAAAUGCAUCUGUUGCAUGCCUAAAACACAAAAGAAUGAACACAGCUUUAAAAAUGUAGGAGAACCUGGCAUUGCCCUGGGGUGGCCUUGCAGGAAGAAUGCCAAAAAAAUCCCAUUCCCCAACAUCUCUUUCUGGAGUGGUCACUUGGUGUUUCAUUCACUUGCAAGUCCUGCAUGGGCACCCAGGUUCAUAGAAUAUGCUGAGUUGGAAGGGACCCAUCAGGAUCAUCGAGUCCAACUCUUGGCCCUGUGCAGGAUACCCCAAGAAUCACACCAUGUGCCUGAGAGCAUCCUCUGGGCUUUGGCUUCUGAUACUCACCUAUUGAUCAUGUAGAGGCUGUAACUGGCUUUUUUUUGACCUAAAAUACUUGAGCAUUGUUUCUACAAUAGCCUUCACAAACCUCAAAUGGUGCCUGUGAAACAGUUUAAUUGUGUCUUCAGGCAGGUAUGAAGGAUAGGAUUUGUCUUUUCCUCGAGGCAUGUCUCUUGAUGCUGCCCAAAAUGCUAAAAAACCACUCCUUUUUGCUUUGGUCUUCCCCAUCAAUAAAAACUUACCCAUUCUAA